UCAUUGCUUUUCAAUUUUUCGAUCAUUUAAUUGUAUCCAGACAGCGCCCCAGUCAUUGACAUUCAACGGCCUUCAAAUAGAUGAUUCUUUGCGAAGCUCUAAGCUUCACACCAACACACACAUAUGCGCUUGCUGUGAGCGCUUUCGUGGUGGCGCUGGUGGCUGUGCAUUAUUUUCAAAAAUUCAAAACUCAGUACAGUAGCAUCACUAGUCGUGUAAAUACAUCAAAUGUAGCUGAGGAAUUUCGCUGUUUGCACACUUCAUCAUCCUUUAUUUGCUACUGAUUGGCUCAAAAUGAGCACCUUCUUCGCUUUGUUGGCAAUAUUGGUAACGCUGCUGAUUUAUUUUCUAAAAUAUCAACAGUCGUACUGGCGGCGACGUGGCGUACCGCACGAUGAGCCCAGCUUCCCAAUGGGAUCACUGAAAGAAUGGCGUCAUACAAAAUCCUUUUCUGACAUAUUCGCGCCCAUCUAUGAAAAAUUCAAGGGCACCGGACCCUUUUGUGGCAUUUACUUCCUCGUACAGCCAGCAGUUUUCGUGCUAGACCUAGAGCUAAUCAAGAAGAUACUCAUCAAGGACUUUCACAAUUUUCAAGAACGCGGUGUAUUUCACAACGAAAUUGAGGAUCCACUGACGGGCAAUCUCUUCCAGUUGGACGGUCCCAAAUGGAAUGUACUGCGUAAAAAAUUGUCACCUACUUUCACUUCCGGUAAAAUGAAGUUUAUGUUUUCCACCGUCGUCGACGUCGCCAAUGAGUUUAUCAAAGUUAUGGCUGAAAAAUCGAAAGCUGCACCCGCGAAUGUAUUGGAGAUCACUGAUCUGCAAGCACGCUAUACCGCGGAUGUUAUUGGCUCCUGUGCUUUCGGUAUCGAGUGCAAUAGUCUGCGUAAUCCCAAUGCAGAUUUCGUGGUAAUGGGCCGCAAGGCAUUGGUCGAGCGUAGGCAUAGCAAACUGGUCGACUCAUUCAUGGAAAGCUUUCCACGUUUGGCGCGGAAAUUAAAUUUGUGUUCGUUGCCAAAAGAAGUGCAUGACUUUUACUUGGGUAUAGUGCGUGAAACGGUAGAAUAUCGGGAGAAGAAUCAAGUAAAGCGCAAUGAUUUCAUGAAUAUGCUGUUGGAAAUGAAGAAAAAGGAAGGUGAAGAGGACGGACUGACGGUGGAGGAAAUUGCCGCGCAGGCAUUCAUAUUUCUGCUAGCUGGAUUUGAAACUUCUUCUACUACUAUGGGCUUUGCAUUGUAUGAGUUGGCAAGAAAUCAAGAUAUCCAGGAUAGGCUGCGGAAGGAGAUCGUUGAGGUGCUGGCACAACACAACAACGAAUGUACUUACGAGGCCAUAAAUGAGAUGAAGUAUCUGGAACAAGUUUUCUCAGAAACCCUACGCAAAUAUCCAGUACUGCCGGUGGUUGAGCGCGUCUCCAAGGCAGACUAUGACACGGGCGAUCCGCGUUAUCUCAUAGAAAGAAAUACGCACAUUAUUAUACUCACCUAUGGCAUACACCAUGAUCCCGAGUAUUAUCCCGAUCCCGAAAAAUUUGAUCCCGAAAGAUUUACUGAAGAAGAAAUCAGGAAACGACCCUCAUGCGCUUGGCUGCCGUUCGGCGAUGGACCACGAAAUUGUAUCGGCUUACGUUUUGGUAAAAUGCAAGCAUUAAUUGGUAUUGCGUUAUUAUUGAAAAAUUUCAAAUUUUCAUUUGCUGCCCAAACUCCAUAUAAAUUGGCUUACAACAAAAAUAAUGUGCUUUUAUCGGCCGAGCACGGCAUACAUUUGAAAGUUGAAGAGGUAGCCGAAAAUUAGAAGAGAGGAGAAAUGGAAAAUGCACUGGAAAGCUAAUUUGGUGCAAACAGUGAUGCUUAGGAAUGCGAACAAGAAUAAAAUGUAAAUAUAGCAAUUUUGAAAAAAGGCAAGAAAAAAAAUCUUAUCCGGAAAUGCUACAAUUUUUUUUUAAUGUAUUUUAUUCACCAAACUAAGAAAAUUAAUAAAACAAAAAAAAAAAACUAUUAAAUGGUAAC